CUAGCAAGAGAGAAAGAGAGGGAGCGCGAGAGCGUGUAUGAGAGAGCAAGAGAGUGCGCGAGAGCAAGCGCGCGGGAGAGAGAAACAGCAGUGAUGAUCGAUGCCAGUCUGCCACCACUCUGUAGCAGCGAGAGGCUGCAACAAAAGCGCGGAAUAAAGGCUCUGCUGCUCUCGUCUCCAGUCGCCCUGCAUCUCUCCGACUCUCCAUACACAACGCAGACCAGAUACAAGGUGAUGCCUCUGCCUGCCAUCAACAAGUUACGACUAAAGGACCCUCAGCCGUAAAGGGGCAGAGGGAAAAAAAAGAGGAGGAUUUGCUCUUCAGUUAAGCAACCGAGCUGACGACAUUGCGGUGAAAAGGGGAAGAGGAGGAAAAAAAAAAAAAAGAAAAAAAGAGAGGGGGGGGGCGCGACAAUGUUCGCGAGGGUCGCUUUGGAUACAAAUCAAUUUGAAAAAGAUUAAGGAUUCCUGGAAGCAUCAAGAAUGCCGGACCUUUCUUAAUUUGGGAACUGGAUUUAAAGAGAGAAAAAACCAAACGCCUACAAGGGAAUUAGGAACCAAAAAAAAAAUAAAAUAGAAUGGACUCCUGCAAAAUGGAUCUUGUAAAUGUGUUUCCGAUGAGAGGGCUUGGCAUCGCACUAGUUGAGAAGACCUUCGCUUGUUUCGUAUUUACUCAAAAGGCUUUUUCCCCUUUGGAUUUCCCAUCCAUCUGGCUGUACCAGGGAUCUACGGAGAAAGACAGUUGAAUGCCACCGUCGAUGUUCGCAAAAGAAUGGGUUUCCAUUCAAGGUGGCCAUUGGUGGGACGAACACCAGCGGCACUUUGUGUGAUCAGCAUGCUACUGUGCCUGCCUCUCACAUCAUGCACAGCCUGCCCUCAGAAAUGCCGCUGCGAGGACCUGCAGUUUUACUGCGACACACAGGGACUCCUGGCGCCCCCAGACGGCGUGGACAGAGGAGCCCUGGGACUCUCACUCCGCCACAACAGCAUCAACGAGCUGAACCCGGAUCAGUUCUUCGGAUUUACGCAGCUAACCUGGCUCCACUUGGACCACAACCAAAUACUCAGCGUGCAUGAGGAUGCCUUCCAGGGGCUCUACAAGCUCAAGGACCUGAACCUGAGCUCCAACCGCAUCACUAAGCUGCCCAACACAACCUUCAUCCACCUCAUCAACCUUCAAAUCCUGGAUCUAUCCUUCAACCAGUUGACUGCGCUGGAGCCCGAGCUGUUUCACGGGCUCCGGAAGCUCCAGAUCCUCCACCUAAGGUCGAACUUCAUGCGGACCACACCCGUCAGGGCCUUCUGGGACUGUCGCAGCCUGGAAUAUCUUGGUUUGAGCAACAAUCGGCUUCGCAGCCUGGCUCGGAAUGGAUUCGCUGGGCUUAUAAAGCUACGAGAGCUUCAUUUAGAACACAAUCACUUGACCAAGAUCAAUCUGGCCCACUUCCCACGUCUUGUCGCGCUCCAGUACCUCUAUCUGCAGUGGAACAAGAUUAACAAUUUAUCAUGUACCAUGGAGUGGGAGUGGACCACUCUGGAGAAACUGGAUCUAACCGGGAAUGAAAUACGGGCUCUAACCCCUGAAGUGUUUGAAACUUUACCGAACCUUAAGGUAUUGCUGCUGGACAACAACAAGUUGACCGGUCUUGACGCCCAAACCACGGAUAUGUGGAGAUCCCUGAACAUCAUCGGGUUGUCCAGCAACCUUUGGGAAUGUACAAAAAAGAUUUGCAACUUGGCCAGUUGGCUUAGUAGGUUUAAGGGUCGAUGGGAACAUUCCAUCCUGUGCCACAGCCCUGAGUUCACACAGGGCGAGGAAAUACUAGACGCUGUUCACGGAUUCCAACUCUGUCAAAACAUAUCGGCGCCCGUCGUACUGACCAGCACCACAAUGGAGGCCACGUUACCCCAACAGUUCACUAGCUCCUUCUUUGGGAAUAUGCAGACGCCGACGCAGGACUUCUACCCUGAGGAUUUUGGGAGCUUCACCAUGGUCACCACUACUACCACCACCACGCAGACCCCACAAACUACAAUGGCUACCACCACGGUGGACGGGGACGAUGCUACCGAGGACUACGGCAUUAUGGACAACACCCUGCUGACCCAGAGAGUCAUUAUAGGUACCAUGGCCCUUUUAUUUUCCUUCUUCCUCAUCAUUUUUGUGGUGUACAUCUCACGGAAGUGCUGCCCUCCGACGCUACGACGAAUCCGCCACUGCUCGGCCAUACAGAACCGGCGACAGAUGAGGACCCAGCAGAGGCAGCCGAUGGCCGACCUGGCCACGCAGGUGCCCUAUAACGAGUACGAGCCGACGCACGAGGAAGGUGCAUUAGUGAUCAUUAAUGGCUACGGGCAGUGCAAGUGUCAGCAACUGCCUUACAAAGAGUGUGAAGUAUAAACACUUUAUUUAUUUUCUGCAGUUUAUGGGUUUUUUGCCAUCUCAACCAUUUCUGAAAGAUACAGGGUUUGUUUUUUUUCCGGAACUUCUUCAGCUUGAGAAGAGAAAAAUAUAAUAACGAGCGUUCAUUCUUUAUACGGGGGUUUUGGAAAUCAAUGAAAACCGGAAGGUCAUGUGGACUAAAUUGAAACGAGAUGUAUAAAAGAAGCUCGAGUUUAUUUUUAUAUAGUAUGAGAGCAAAGGUUCAUAUCAAGCUGGGGCAAUCAAUCUCAGAUGGUCGAGUGUGAGAUUCGUCAUUGCGUUAAGAGUCUGUUAUCCAGCAGCACAGAAAAGAUGAGAAAGAGAGAAACAAAGCCAAAAUUAUCUGGAACUUUCAGGUCCGGAAAGAAAGGGAAAAAAAAAAAAAAAAAAAACUAUGUAUGACAAACUGCAUUCUUAUUCUGAUAAAUGUUUCAAUUUUAUAAUGUGGAUAAAAAAAAAAAUUAUUGUUGCAUAUGAUGCACAGAAACGCAAAUCUGACAAGAGACAGGCAAAGGGAGAUUUUUAUGGUGCACGUUAGACUACACUAUAGAUCUCACUUACACUUAAAAGAAAAAAAAAGAGAAAAA